AGCAAUGAUUAGAGUAAACAAUUGAUCAAUGUAUAUCUAGUGAAACUAUUACUCUUAAUUCAUAUCAUCUUCGAUUUCAUCUUUACAAUUCUUUUGAAUCUUCUUGUUUCGUACAUCCCAAUAUUUGGACUUGUGUGUAAAUUUAUGGCUUCUACAUCUUCUCAAGCUCCAUCCUCUUCUGUAUCAUAUUCAAUUUCUACUGAUUGGGACGUUUUCUUAAGCUUCCACGGUGAUGACAGUCGCUAUAAGUUUACAAGUCAUUUGUAUGCUGCUCUAGAUCGCCAUGGAGUCCGAACUUAUAAGGAUGAUCCAGAACUACGCAGUGGAGAAGUAAUCUCUGACGCAUUGUUCCAAGCGAUUCAGGGAUCCAAGACUUACAUCACUGUCCUGUCUGAAAACUAUGCCUUCUCGCCUUGGUGCCUUGACGAGCUCGUUGAAAUUCUAAAUUGUCAUAAAACUAGGCAAAGGUUGAUCAUUCCUGUGUUUUACAACAUUGAUCCAUCAAUUGUGAGACACCAACUUGGAAGUUUUAGUAAGGCUUUUGAGAAGCAUCAAAUUCGAUUUGCUGGUAAAAUGGAGAAAGUGACUGAGUGGCGGCUUGCACUAGCAGAGAUUGCACAGUUUUCAGGAAAACAUAUACAUGCAAAAAGGUCUGAAGCUGAUUUAGUAGAUGAAAUUAUUGAUGAGAUACUUCUCAAAAUAAAUCCCAAGAUUUCUGAUGUUGGAAAAUAUCCAGUGGGGUUGGAUUCUCGUAUCAGAGACAUAACACUACUGUUGAACAGCCACACAGAAGGCAUGAUUAAGUUCGGUAUAUAUGGAAUGGGUGGAGUGGGCAAAACAACUUUUGCCAAAGCUCUUUAUAAAGAACUCUUUCCCGGAAGUUUUAAGGGAAGUUGCUUCCUUGAAGAUGUGAGUGAAGUUGCAGGAAGAAUAAAUGGCCUAGUAUCUUUACAACAAAGACUGAUCAACGAUGUUCUUAGAAGUAAGAAAAUUUUGAAGGUUGACUCUGUUAACCAUGGAAUUAGUUCAAUAGGAGCUAGAAUUUGUUCAAACAAAAUCCUGGUUGUUAUUGACGAUUUAGACCACGUCACACAAUUUCAGUCUUUAGUUGGACCAUUUGCUUCUGGGAGUGUAGUCAUCAUAACUACCAGGGAUGAACAAAUACUGGAUACAAUUGAAGUCGAACCAAGAUACAGAUACAUGGUGCAGGAGUUGGAUGCUGCUGACUCAAUGGCUCUUUUUACCCGACAUGCAUUUGGAAAUUCUACACCAAACAACACUCUAAUGGAGUUGUCUAAUGAUAUUCUACAGCAUGCUGGUGGGCUUCCCUUGGCUCUUAAGGUUUUCGGGGCGAACUUGUUUAACCAAUCUGAGGAAGGAUGGAGAUGGUUUAUAGACAAAAUAAGAAGACUACCCAAUAGCGAUGUUGAGAGAAAACUUGUGAUUAGCUUUGAUGCAUUGAAGAUGGUUGAUCCCACGCUGCAGGAUAUUUUCCUUGAUAUUGCUUGUUUUUUCUGUGGACGGAAGAAAGAAGUGGCUGUGAAAAUACUGGAAGGUUGUUAUACGUUCAUCAACCAUAAAAUCGACAUUCUAAAGAAAAGAUGUUUAUUGACUAUAAAUGAUAGUGAUGAGCUAGGGAUGCAUGACCUGCUUUUGGACAUGGGAAGGAAAAUUUCGCGCAACAACUCUCCUGAUGAGCAUGGAAAGCACAGUAGAUUGUGGGAAUCAAAAGAUAUAUUGGGCGUGUUAAAGAACUGUAAGGUAACAGAGGCUAUUGAGGUAAUCAUGGAUCUCAACUUUUACAAAGAGGAAUCACUUGAGGGAGUAUCAGUCACUACAGAAACAUUCAGAAGGAUGUGGAAAUUAAGAAUUCUUCUCCUUGCGACUGUAAAUAUUACUGGAAGCUUUGAACGGACAUUUGAAAAUUUGAGAGUACUCUCUUGGUACCGUUGUCCAUUGAAGUUUUUACCUUAUGAAUUUUUCCCACAAAAACUUGUGUCUCUUGAUUUGCCUAAUAGCCAACUGAGAACAAUGUGGGAGCCAAAUAUGGUUCCACGUGUAUUUGUGAACUUGAAGUCUUUGUGGAUGGGGAGUUCUCUACAUUUAACUACUAUGCCAGACUUUAGUAAAUUACCUUGUCUUGAAGAGUUAGAUUUUAGGGGAUGUAUACAGUUGGAGGAUGUCCACACAACCAUCGGUAGCUUGGUCAGGCUUGUUUCCUUGAAUUUGGAAAACUGUGCAAACCUUACAAGUCUGGGAGAGAGCAUUUGCAACUUGAGAGCUUUGAAAAUUUUAAACAUUGGGGGUUGUAGUAGUCUGAGAGCAUUGCCUACGAAAUUAGGUGACCUUGAAUCCCUAACAAAGCUUGUUGCUAGUGGACUAACUGUUCUGACAUUACCAUAUUCAAUGGCACGGCUUAGUAAGCUUGUUCAGCUGGAAUUAAAUUUGAACAGGAAACUUAAAAAUCUUCCAGAUCCCAUUGGCAACCUGAGAUCACUGGAGAUUUUAAAUAUAUCUGAAUGUGAAAAACUAGAAAUAUUACCGGAUCAAUUGUGGAAGAUUACAAGGUUAAGGGAACUACAUGCAGGGCGUGCUAGGAUGUUAACAACACUUCCUUGCAUAAAUUCAGGCCAGGUGAUAUUAUCAUUGAAAAAUUUAGAUUUAUCUAAGAGUUCCCUCACAACCCUGCCAUCUGGUAUUUGUCAGCUGUCAAACCUGGAAACUCUUAAUCUUCGCAAAUGUCUUCAUCUGUUAUAUAUUGCUGAACUUCCUCUUAAUCUGAAAUGUGUAAGUGCAGAAGGAUGCAAGACUUUGCAAUUUUUAACAAAUCUAUCCAAUUUAAAACGGUUGGAGUUUUUGGACCUUACUGAUUGUAUCCGAUUAACGGAGAUACAAGGCUUGAAGGGGCUCAGUUCCAUUCGAGAACUUCUUUUUGGAGGUUGCCACUCAGCUCUUCUAGCUCAAACCUUCACGGAGGAUUUGUUUCAGAUAUAUUCUGGAUUCGGUCAUCAAAUCAAAAUAUACACCAAGCCAGAAGAGUUUCAGGAUUGGAUUUGUCAGUUACCUGAUUGGAUUAUUCAAUCACGUGAUCUAGGAUCAAAGGUGUCUUUGGAUUUGCUGCCAAAUUCAUCAGACAAUUACUUGGCAAUGAUUCUGUGUUUGCACAAAUGGAUGAAUUUUCUGGACUAUUCUGUUACGACUACCACUAGUAAUUUUGAAUGGACGGAAGACUAUCGUACCCAUUAUUACCAUAGCUUAUCAAAAUGGUCAGAACACUUACAAGGAUCGCUGAUGAUAAUAGUGCCGAGAUCAAUUUUCUUAGUCAGAGAUGGUGAUGACAGUAUUGAAGUAUCAUCAAAUGUAAAAAUUCUGGGGAUACAUCUGUUAUAUGGUUCAGAGAUAGCAACAAGUUCCGUGGCACCACUUUCAGGUAGAAUUUGAAACAAGGUAGUGGUUCUCAUUCUCCUUGGACGAAUGAGUGAGCUGCAGAGUACUUCAGAUUUAUAGGUGCCUGGACUGGCCAUCAUGUUGGAGGCUCUCGAGAACUGCGAUCAGAGGUCUCAGAAGGCUUGUGUCAAAAUCAUCUUGACACUUUGACAUUGAGGUGGUCGGACAGCCUGUGAAAAUCGGCCGUAUAAGGGUCACAAGAUUGGUGGUUACUGGAUUGAGGGGAGAUUGUUGGGUGGUACUAAUAAAGAUGAGGAAUAUUUGUCUUGAAUAUUAAUGAUUAGUGCGGCCAAAGGAGGAGCCCAAAAAAUAAAUUCGGGCUUGGUCAUGACACAGAGCUAGAGGCUCUCUAUACGAGCAAGACAACGGCUGAGAGAAAGGGCCUUGAUUUCUCUGAGCUUCAUCCGGGCUACUUCAAGUUGUGACAUACUUAUCCAGGAAGCAGUGGUGUUAUUUGACAGAUCAGCAAAUCCCAUGAUAAGAAAAUGAGGUAGCAAAAGCUUGUGUCAUUUUAGUUACACUUGGGAGAUGUUAUGAGCCCCUAAUCUGGGUAGCAUCAGUACUUGAGGGUCUGCAGAUGAUUGUUGUGAAGGUCAUCUGAUGAUUGCGCAAGUAUAACAUGACGUUUAUGACUAUGAAAAUAAUUUCAUUUUGGUAAUUAUUUGUUUAAAUAUUUAUUUGAAAUAUGGAUUUUUUAUAAAUUAGUGAAUAUUUUUAAAUUUAUUUGUGGAAUAUUUUUUUAUAAAUUAGUGGAUAUUAUUAGUGCCUUAGGUGGCUGGCAA